AUGACUGCUAGCGAGGAAGGCGACCUCAUAUACGACAAAGUCAUUCCAUGGGUUCAGAAAGCAUUGGAACAUAGGAUUCCCCUGGACAUCAGACAACCGCUAGUUGGUAGUGAUUCCCAGAUGGAACAAAUAUGCAGACACCUGAAGAUUGGUUCCAAAAUCAUCCAAAUGAUUGGUAUCCACGGGAUGGGCGGGAUCGGCAAAACUACCAUUGCCAAGGCGAUCUACAACAGAAUUUUUAUGAACUAUGAGCGGCAUGGUUUCAUUUCCAACAUUAGGGAGGAAUGUGAAGAGCGUGGGCUUCUCUCUGUGCUGAACAAAGUUCUGCAGAUCCUGGGGAUCGAACCAAGGCACGAUGUGCAUCAAUAUAUGAGUUUGGUGAAGAGACGUCAUUCAAGGGCGUUGCUUCUUGUUCUUGACGAUGUUGCUAAUCAUGGCCAACUGAGUGCAUUGGCAGGAGACACAUCUUGGUUUGGUGAAGGCAGUAAAAUUAUUGUCGCCACAAGAGAUGAGAAUGUAUUGCUUAAGCAUGGAAUGUCACGCACUUCAGAUAUUUUUCAACUUCAAGAACUGAAUCAAGAUGAGGCCCUCAAACUCUUCUGCUAUCAUGCAUUUGAUGGGGAUGAUUUUCCACCAGACAACAUUGCUGAAUUAUCGAGGAAAGCUGUCUCCGCUAUUGGCGGUUUGCCUUUAGCUCUUGAGGUCUUGGGCCCUUUGUUUAAGGGUAUAAAAGAUUCUGAAGAGUGGAAGAAGAGGUUGAAUCAACUGAAGCAAGUUCAAGAUCACGAUGAUAUAUAUAAGAAGCUCAGAAUAAGUUAUGAAGCACUAGAAAAGUCAGAGAAAUGUAUAUUUCUUGAUGCGGCUUGCUUUUUCAGUCAUGAAACAGAUAUUGAAACUGCAAGCCAUGUUUGGGAGUCUCAUGGUUUGAUCCCAGACAAAGCUAUUGAAUCCCUCACAAGCAAGUCUCUGAUAAAAUCCAAUGCAAGUAGAAAUUUGGAGAUGCAUAGCUUAAUCCAAGAUAUGGGGAAGUGGAUUGUACGUGAAGAAGACCUUCUUUACCCUCAAAAUCGCAGCAGAUUGUGGUCUAACUUAGAUUCCAUAGAAGUAUUACUCCAUCCCAAGGGGACUGACAAGAUUGAAGCUAUCAGUUUCAAUUUGGAAAAGGUGGACGGACCAGAAGUAUGUUUAAACCCAGAAGCAUUGGCAAAACUACGUAAUGUUAGGCUGCUCCAUUUGAAUCACGCCAACUUUGUAUUCGAACCAUACAACCUUCCGUUAGAACUGGAAUGGCUGGAAUGGCAUGGCUGUCCAAUAAGGUGGGUUCCUGAAAACAUUAGUUUGCAGAAAGUUGCGGUUAUUGAUCUUUCAGGGAGUAUGAUCAUUUGGCUUACCGAUAGUAGAUAUCAGCCAGGAAAAAGAAGAUUUGAAAAGCUGAAACAUCUCUACUUGUCUGGCUGCAUGAAUCUAAGAACAACUUUUGAUAUUGCUUAUUUCCCAAAUUUAGAGAAGAUAGUGCUAGACAACUGUGAGAACUUAUGUCAACUCCAUGGAUUCGACACACUUAAGAAGUUGACUCAUUUGAGCAUGAAACGAUGCAGUGAAUUGAGAGAGCUACCCAAUAGUAUCGGUCAAGUGAGUUGCCUUAAGUUCCUUGAUAUCUCUUUAUGCACCAAACUUUCUAGCUUGCCUGAAGAUCUUGGAAAUUGGAAAUCAUUGACAAAAUUCAAGGCAAAGAGGUGUGGGAUUGUUGUUCUAACUGAGACACUAGGGACACUAGAAAAACUUGAGAAGCUUUCCUUAAAGGGUUGCAUCGGGAUCCAGACUUUGCCUCUUUCUAUGAGGAAAAUGAAAAGUUUAAGUAAGCUCAACAUAAGCUGCACGCGUAUAAGCCAGUUUCCUGAGGAUUUUGGGAUGAUCUCUGAGUUGACUUCUCUUAAGGCAAAGGGUUGCCGGAUCAAACAAUUGCCUGAAGGCUUCGGAAUGCUCGUGAAGUUGAGGACUUUGAGCGUUGAGACACCGAAGACCAAUCACAACAUCAAAUUUCCUUCGAGUUUCUGUGGGCUUUGCUCUUUGGAGAAGCUGACUAUCCUAGGAGGCAGCGGGUCAAAUGAAGCUGAUGACGGAUUCCUGUCAUCACUGAGAUCCUUAAACUUCAAGGGAAGUAGCCUGCCCAACCUGCCCAUAAACAUGAGUGGCGUCACUAACCUCUCAAGUCUCAACCUUCACGAUUGUGAACAACUAGUGUUCCUCCUCCACUGCCCUCCUCUUUGUCCAACCUUGAAGCCCGCUUCUGCACUUCGAGCUGAGAAUUUCCUUCUAUGGAAGACACAGAUUUUGGCACUGGUUGAGAGCCAAGAUCUUCAAGGAUUUUUGACUGACAAGGUUGCUGCUUCACCAGAACUUAUCAAUGAUUCUUAUUCUCAGAAACUGGUGCCCAAUCCCCAAUCUACUGUUUGGAAGAAGACUGACCCCUUAACCAAGGGGUGGAUAACCAGCACGCUAUCUGAAAGUGCUCUUGGCCUAGUUGUUGGCUUUGAGACAUCCAAAGAUAUUUGGAGGGCUCUUAUGAAUGCUUUCUCUUGUAAAUCACGUGAAAGAAAAUUUCAUCUCACACAUUUGCUCACUUUGCUUAAUAAGAAUGAUGACUCUAUGGAAGAAUAUAUAGGCAAAUUCAAACGAAUAUGCGACAAUCUUUCAGCUAUUGGAAAAACUGUUGAUGAGGGGGCACAAGUUUAUUGGCUGCUUCAAGGACUUGGAGAAGGAUGCGAAGCGUUUAUUGCAGCCAUGAUUCAUCCACCUACACCUCCUUAUGAAGAGGAGGACAUAGAGCAACCAGCUUCAGAAGAUGAUAGUCUUAUGCGAAGAAAUUAUACUCAUGAGGAGCAAAGAGGUGAAGAAAGAGGUGAGAUUGGCACCCACUCUCAGCUUCUAGAGGUUUCGAUUGACAAGAUGAUGAUCAAUGAACAGUCGGUUCACAAUCAGCUGGAAAACUUGGAACAAGAUCAAGUGCAUAGAAAUAAAGACAGUACUAUGCUAGCUGAUUUACAGCCGGUUCACAAUCAGUUGGAAAACUUGGAACAAGAUCAAGGUGAACAUGAAAUGCUUGACACGUCCACGACUGAAAACUUGGAACAAGAUGCGCAUAAUAUCACUACUAUUUCUCCUUCAACUAUGAUUAGGACGAUGGUCACUAGAUCAAUGGUGGGAACUUUCAAACCAAAUCCCAAGUACGCCAACUUACAUAUUUUGUAUCAAGAUAUUCCUAAAGAACCUUCAAGUGUUAAGGAAGCUCUUGAGAAACCAUGCUGGAAGAAAGCUAUGGAUGAAGAAAUUGAAGCCUUAGAUGAAAAUAAAACCUAG